CAGUGAGGUUUUCAGGGCUGUGGCUGGACGGUGGAGCCAACAAGUAGUCGAGCUGUCAGUUAGUUUACUACCAUGAUAUACAGACAUCUUCUCCCGUUGGUAGCUUUGAUACUGAGCGGGUCUGAAAUGACUCUCAGUGGUAACAUACUGGUUCUUUCUGGUGAAUUCAGCCACUGGCACAACAUGCGCGUAAUCGUGGAUGAGCUGAUCGCUCGGAAUCACAGUGUGACUGUUCUUAUCCAUUCAGCGUCACCUUCGAUCAACUACACGCAAAAGGAGAACUUCAAAUACAUUGUUUUUAAGAUCAGCAUUGAAAAACAACAAGCAGAGAUCUUGUGGCAGAACAUGGUUGACGUUUCGGUGAAUGAGACCAUCACCGGGAUUCAGACUUUGUUGUUUAUGUGGAACAUGAUGUCUCAAUUAGAUGAAUAUCUCGGAUCAAUAUGUGAAGGAAUGCUGCUCAAUCAGGAGCUCAUAGCUUCACUCCGGGAGUCACACUUUGAUGUACUGCUGUACGAUCCUGUGAUGCCAUGCACUGAUCUGUUGGCAGAGACCCUCGGCCUCCCCCAGGUGAUGUCUUUUAGACUGUCUUUGGGAUACACUUUUGAGAGACUGUGUGGUCAGUUGCCAACACCACCGUCGUAUGUGCCCGCUGCUGCCACCCAAGGACAUCUCACUGACCACAUGAACUUCAUAGAGCGGGUGGAGAAUGUGCUGUUGUAUGUUGCUGCCACAGCAGUAAGCAAACUGCAAAUGAUGAUGUUUGAUAAGUAUUACACCAAAAUAAGAGGCAAACCCACAACAGUGUGUGACACUUUGGGAAAAACAGACAUCUGGUUAGUCAGAACUUACUGGGACUUUGAGUAUCCACGACCGUUACUGCCGAGCUUCAAAUUUGUCGGGGGGCUGCACUGCAAGCCUGCAAAGCCGCUUCCAAAAGAGAUGGAGGAGUUUGUUCAGAGCUCAGGGGAUGAUGGCAUUGUGGUGUUUUCCCUGGGCUCCAUGGUGAAGAAUGUACCCAAACAGAGAGCCAACACCAUCGCUUCAGCACUCGGGCAGAUCCCACAGAAGGUCUUGUGGCGGUAUACGGGAGAGAAACCAGACACUCUUGCUCCAAACACAAGACUCUAUGACUGGAUUCCCCAGAAUGAUUUACUAGGACAUCCUAAAACCAAGGCCUUCAUCACUCAUGGUGGGACUAAUGGAAUUUAUGAAGCUAUUUAUCAUGGUGUCCCAAUGGUGGGCAUUCCACUGUUUGGUGACCAGUCAGAUAAUCUGUUCCACAUGAAAACCAAAGGAGCCGCUGUUAUGCUUGAAUUGAACAAAAUGGAGAGCAAAGACCUGAAGGACGCUCUCACCGAAGUUAUUAACAAUCCGUCGUACAAAGAGAGCAUCAUGAGGCUUUCCCGAAUCCACCAUGAUCAGCCGAUGAAGCCGCUUGACCAGGCUGUCUUCUGGAUCGAGUUUGUAAUGCGCAACAAGGGGGCCAAGCACCUGAAAGUGGCAGCCCAUGACCUCACUUGGUACCAGUACCACUGCCUGGACGUCGCUGCCUUUUUGCUGUCCAUAGUCGCUCUGGUCACGUUCAUCUUUGUGAAAUCGUGUGCUUGGCUCUUCCGUAAAUGUUGCAGAAGGACCUCAGCAAAGAGCAAAAAAGAGUACAAAGAGAGCAUCAUGAGGCUUUCCCGAAUCCACCAUGAUCAGCCGAUGAAGCCGCUGGACCAGGCUGUCUUCUGGAUCGAGUUUGUGAUGCACUACAAGGGGGCCAAGCACCUCAGGGUGGCCGCCCAUGACCUCACUUGGUACCAGUACCACUGCCUGGACGUCGCUGCCUUUUUGCUGUCCAUAGUCGCUCUGUUUGCUACCAUGAUGUACAGACAUCUUCUCCCGUUGGUAGCUUUGAUACUGAGCGGGUCUGAAAUGACUCUCAGUGGUAACAUACUGGUUCUUCCUGGUGAAUUCAGCCACUGGCACAACAUGCGCGUAAUCGUGGAUGAGCUGGUCGCUCGGAAUCACAGUGUGACUGUUCUUUCCCACACUUCGUCAGCUUCGGUCAACUACACGCAAAAGCAGAACCUCAAAUACAUUGUUUUUAAGACCAGCAUGGAAAAACAAGAUGCAGAGAACAUGUGGCAAAACUUCAUUAACAUUUGGAUGAAUCAGGACGUCACCGGGAUUCGGACUUUGUCGUGGUUUUGGGAGGUGAUGAACGUGAUGUCUGAAUAUGAGAAAUAUCUCGGAGCAGUAUGUGAGGGAAUGAUGCUCAAUCAGGAGCUCAUAGCUUCACUCAGGGAGUCACACUUUGAUGUACUGCUGUACGAUCCUAUGAUGCCAUGCAGUGAUCUGUUGGCAGAGACCCUCGGCCUCCCCCAGGUGAUGUCUAUAAGACUGACUGCGGCGUAUGGUAUGGAGAGACGGUGCGGUCAGUUGCCAACACCACCGUCGUAUGUGCCCGCUGUUGCCAGCCAAGGACAUCUCACUGACCACAUGAACUUCAUGGAGCGGGUGGAGAACGUGCUGUUGUAUGUUGCUGUCACAGCAUUAUUGAGACUGCAAGUGAUGUUCACGUUUGAUAAGUAUUACACCAACAUUACGGGCAAACCCACAACGCUGUGUGACACUUUGGGAAAAACAGACAUCUGGUUAGUCAGAACUUACUGGGACUUUGAGUAUCCACGACCGUUCCUGCCGAACUUCAAAUUUGUCGGGGGGCUGCACUGCAAGCCUGCAAAGCCACUUCCAAAAGAGAUGGAGGAGUUUGUUCAGAGCUCAGGAGAUGAUGGCAUUGUGGUGUUUUCCCUGGGCUCCGUAGUGAAGGACCUCCCCAAAGAGAGAGCCAGCACCAUCGCUUCAGCGCUCGGGCAGAUCCCACAAAAGGUCUUGUGGCGGUAUACGGGAGAGAAACCAGACACUCUUGCUCCAAAUACAAGACUCUAUGACUGGAUUCCCCAGAAUGAUUUACUAGGACAUCCUAAAACUAAGGCCUUCAUCACUCAUGGUGGGACUAAUGGUCUUUAUGAAGCUAUUUACCAUGGUGUCCCAAUGGUGGGCAUUCCACUGUUUAUUGACCAGCCAGAUAAUCUGUUCCACAUGAAAACCAAAGGAGCCGCUGUUUUGCUUGAAAUGAACAAAAUUGAGACCAAAGACUUGAAGGACGCUCUCACUGAAGUUAUUAACAAUCCGUCGUACAAAGAGAGCAUCAUGAGGCUUUCCCGAAUCCACCAUGAUCAGCCGAUGAAGCCGCUGGACCAGGCUGUCUUCUGGAUCGAGUUUGUCAUGCGCAACAAGGGGGCCAAGCACCUGAGGGUGGCGGCCCAUGACCUCACUUGGUACCAGUACCACUGCCUGGACGUCGCUGCCUUUUUGCUGUCCAUAGUCGCUCUGGUCACGUUCAUCUUUGUGAAAUCGUGUGCUUGGCUCUUCCGUAAAUGUUGCAGAAGGACCUCAGCAAAGAGCAAAAAAGAGUGA